AUGUCUGUCGCAGCUGGAAGUCAGUCGCGCUUCUUUGCCGGCUUGUCAUUCCACAUCGAGGAGGACUUCAGUCUUACAUCUGAGGGACAGGUUCUGGCUGCGAUCAUUCGGCGCAAAGGCGGUAUCAUCGAGGACAACCCAGCCCGCGCGAGGUACAUCAUCAUCCACCUCCCUCCCGCUUAUCCCGUCAAUUUCGUCGUGUCGCUAUCCGGUACUACUACCCUUUCCGAUAACACGGAAUGGUUAGCGAAGGAUCUCGGAAGAGUGAAGCCGGCUGUGGCGGUGCCGACUGAUAAGGUCCGGACAGUGAUACGAGCGGAAUGGGUGGCUGCGUGCGUGCAGGACGGCAGAGUGAUCACGGAGGAUGCGUGUGGUGGGUGGGAAGUCUGCACGAGCAACGACCCUCGGCUAAUCACUCGGCUUCCCGCUACCGAGAAAGCCGUACCAAUGACAGCUCCGACAGCUACCGAUCCCUCGUCGGCAUCAACGGCGUCUACCACUCAGCCAAGCCGCGUCUUGUCCUUACCACCACUAAACAUACCUACUGGCCCGUCGUGGAAUCGCCAGGUCCCCCACUCAGGUCGCUCGCCGAAUGGUCAUCCCCAUACCCAGCUCGGUAAUGGGACCUCAACAGCAUCUCCGGCUGGAGCAUCGCCGAUACCGCAAGCUGGACCGGUCCUUCUUGGGCCUGAUUCGCUGAUUCCUGGACUUGGGCGCCUGCCAAGUCCGGCGCCCCCCGCACCUCCGGUCAUAUCGGCCUAUCAACCUCGGCCCCGUCCCCAGCCUAUCACUCCGGCUCUACCUAUCUCUAACGUAUCUGACGCAAUCUCCAUCCCGUCGGCCGUUCCCGUACCCUCCCCACCCACAGGGCCUCGCACAGAGCGCAUCCAAGCGCAAUCACCUUACCCUCUCCCGUCGACCGAUCCAGUCCAGCCCCUCACGGUGGGCGCGCAGUCAGCACCACUUUCGGACGGCGCCUCCAUCGGCGCGUACGGUGCAUCGGGACCAGACUCAGGUACAGGAGCACGCCCAGAAGCUCCCAGAGGUCCUCGAGCGGAUCGGCGUGACUCCCCGGGCGAGUCUUCGUCCCAUACCGGCCCUCGGACGGAGGAUGACUCUCGCACUCGGAUCAAGCGUCGAGCGGCACAUCGUCCACAUCCAUCUCCGUCGGGACCCCCGGCAACUCGGCGAGACGCUACCGAGUCGGAGGACGCGGCUCGAUUUGCCUACUCUGCGCGACAACAACUGACACCGUACGGUCCGCCAUCAUCAUCCCUGCAAGCCGACCAAUCCCCCGCAUACCCUCCUUAUCCUCAUCUUCCAAUCCCACAUGUCCUCUCUACGACCGCGAACGUGGCCUCACCCCCCGAAUACGGUCCACCGCGUCCCAAUCCGUAUCCCACUCCGACCGAGCCCUCCUACCCACCCUUUCCUCCUCCGCCCAUCGCCAACGGCCAAUACGGGUCUGGUGCAUUCCCUUCCCUCGCGUACGGCCCUCCACCUCCCUUACCUCCGCCACACCUGGACUCGGACACCUUACAUGCGCUCACCCAGGCCUUACCCACUGGUCCCAGGCGGUCUGAUCUUGUGAUCGGCCCAGCCACGCCAAAGGGAUCGCUCAGCCCUGCUGCUCGUCUGGGCGUCGCGGACUUCUUUGAGGUGGAGGGGGACGAGCAAACUUUGGCAAGGGGGAGUGAGACUAUCGCACGCUCGACAGCGUCAUGGAGGGAAGAGGGGCGGGAUAGAGAGCGGGAUAGGCACCGAGAGCGGGGUGUGGAGAGAGAGCGGGAUGGGGACAAGAAGCGGGACGAGCACCGUAGCCGGAGUCGACGACGUCGGUCCGAGACCAGUCGGGAUAAGGAUAAGGAUGAGCGACGCGGCGCUUCUGACUCUCGGACUCGUCGGUCACCGUCGCCCUACCACUCGCGCCACGGCCUAUGUAUGGACAUCAUCGACGACAUGCGGGAAGGGAAGGGGGAGUUUGCUGCUGGUCCCAGUAGUAGUAGUGGGAAAAAGAAGAGGAGGAGCAGCAACGACGAAGAUGAGCGGUGGGUCAAGCUGGGCCCGAAUGCGGACUCGACGGCGAGGAAGCUGGCGCGGAAGGAAAGGAAGGAGGCCAAGCUCAAGAGGAGGUCAGAGGGGUCCAUCACGUCCAUGCCGGCGGGCGGGUCAGCUCCACCGAGGAGGGCGCUGCCGGAUCUGCGAGGGAGGGAAGAGCCGUACAUCGAGGGAAUGGGCGGUCCCAGUCGGACGUUUAUGCAGGCUAUGCAGGCUGGACGGGGAAGAGACGAUCGCGUCCCGUACCCAGUUGUUGAGCUAGAGCGGGAGCGGGAGCGGGAGCGGGCGCACUCGCCAGAUUUGAGGCGGGGUGAUGAGAGAGGUCCCAAGCGGAGAGUCUACGAGGCGAGGGCGAUACCGCCGACGCCUCAUCAUGAGAUCAUCACGGACGCGGGUGUCAGGUGGCUGGUGGAUCGUCUGCUGGAGUGGGGACCGGAUACCCAGCGACUCUGGGGAUUUGUCGAGCUACGCGAGAUCAGACCCGAUGUCAACUGGCGCAAGCUGUACAUCGAGAACACGGCCCAAAUACGCUGUCAUCUGCCCGACCACCAUCCCCUCAUCCAGCAGCCAACCAUACCCACGGGCAGCUGGAAGCAAUUCGAGCGUGGGGCCGAUCAGUACGACGGCCCUAUGCCAUUGUCGCUUCGACAGAGGAGAAACUUGGUGGGCGAUAGCGGAGGGCUUGCCCAAGCGAAGCCCCCUCGGUCCCCUCGGCGCGCUGAGCCCGCUGAGCCCGCCCGCCCAGCCCAGCCCAGCCGGUUCAGCUUCAACACCAAGACCAGGCAAGUCGACCUUACGUCCUCAUCGACCCGUCCCUCCUCUCUUGCUAUUACCAAACAUCACUCCCAGCUCGACACGUACCGACAUGUACAUAACGUCGCUUCCUCCUCACACCCCAGUCCCGCUCCCGCACAGUCUACCCAACUCCCCCCGUCGUUUCCGUCCCCUCCCGCCUCCUCGUUAUACUCGUCUCGCCCUCAGCACCUCGAGGCCGGCGUCAGCGCGAUUCCACGUACAGAUUCCGCAGCCACUGUCGUCGGGGACGACGCGCUGCUGUACUCGGACGGAUCCGAGUUGGAUCUGGAUGAUCUGGAUGAUCUGGAUGAUCUGGAUGAUCUGGAUGAUCUGGCGGAUCUGAAGGACUGGGCUGAGGAAGCGGACCUGGGUGAUGCGCAUAAGCUGCAGAGUGCAACGGGUGGGGGCAGGACGGACAAGGGGUUGCUCUUCUCAGAUGGGUCCGAGAUGGACCUGGAGAGUCUUGACGGGCUAGAUGAGGGAGAUCGGAUGGAGGUGGUGGACGAUACGGACGCAGCGGAGGCAGUGGGGUCGACAUGGGAGGAUCCAGCGCAGUGGGAGGCUGUGGAGAAGGAGCUUCGGGGGUUGCAGCAGAAUGGCGAGCUGGAGGGCGAGCAUGGACUGGAUGCGCCAUUCAUGGAGGAUGCGUUGCUGGAUGGGUUCCUGGAUGCGUUGGAUGAGGAGGUCCGAGCGGGGUCUGCUCUGCCGCAAGAGCAGGUUGAUGGCGAGGCGGAAGAUGACCGCGCUGCAGAGGCAAAGCGCCAGCCUCGACCCACCGAACCCAUCGUUGUCGACUCGGACGCCACGGACGAGGAGGUCCUACUCCCUCGGACACCCGUAACGGAAUCUCGGAAGGCUAGGCGACAGUCUCGGCGAGUGGCGGAGGGCGAGGAGGAAGAAGCUGGUGGUGCUGGCACCGUAGCUGGGGAGCCAACGAAGGGGAUCUUCGAGAUCAUGCCUGGACUGCCUCUCUGCUUCUUCGUUGCGCCGGGUGAAAAGAAGGCUCAAGUCGAGAAGAUGAUCGUCAAGCACGGCGGCGAGAUUGACUCGGACACCAAGGCCACUUUCAUCAUCAUCCCUACCUCCUCAGCCGCCGCUUCAUCUACAUCCUCAACUCACCGCGCGCUACUCAAGCGCUGCGCAGCCGAUAAGCGCAAGGCCGUCCUCGAUUCCAAAUGGGUCAAAGCGAGCGUCAAGCAGGGAAAGAUGGUGGACCGGAAGGGGUACGAGAUCGAGCUCAGCUCGACAGACAAGGAGAGUGAGGAGGAGGAAGAUGUACCGCUUGCUGCUGCGGCCAAGCGGGGGAGGAAGGUGGCGAAGCGGAUUGUCCUGGACGAUGAGGAUGAGGAUGGGGCGGUAUCGGAGGUGAUCGAGGCGGUGCCGCCAAGCCGGGCGGGGACGAGUCGGCCUGGAACGAGUCGAGGAGGGACGAGGGGAGCGUCUGAGCAGACAAGAGCGACCAGUCAAACCGUCUCUCUCCGACCCAGCCAAUCUCGUACCAACACCCCAUUCACCAGCGUUACCGCCUACGACACGCCUACGCCAGCUCCGGAGCAUAUCGGCCUGACCGCUGCUCAGGUGGAAUGGCUGGACCACUCUUACCUCGAUUACCUCGGCCGACAGCUUCGGCUUUGGGACAAGAAGGGCGGUCUGACGCCUUUCCUCAAGACCCUCACUAAGAAUGACAAGGAUUGGGUCGUCGUCUUUGGUCGAUUCCGGGCUGAGCUGUCGGAGCACUAUCCGUGGUUGCCCAAUAUGAUGAAGGAUGGGCUGGACGGGCGAAAGAAGCGGGCAUCGGGGAGGGAACCGUCGGUGGUACUCAGUCUGCAGGGGCGUAAUAAGAAGGCGAAGACGAGCCAUGUGUAG